UUCCGGCGUUUUCAUAACAGGCGCCCUUGUCGGUGUUUUGCUGAUGUAACUCACUAAAACAUUUGUUCAUUGGUGGUGCAUGCUCGAUACUUCAGGAUGUCCCACCGAUAUAUGGCUGUCGGCCGUAGAGGCCAUGCUCUUCUUCGAAAAGUGCUGUCUGUGCGCACUCCUAAUAAAGAGAUACAAAGAGAAAUAACACUCCUAUCCAAGGCUUUGCAGUCCAGAGAAAUGGAUUCUCUGAUUCGAAACUUCAGCUGUACAGUUCUUCGAGCAUCUGCCAAUCCUCCAAAAGGAUUUGAGAAAUUUGAUGAGAUACUUAAUAAGAAAACAAAAAAGACAGCUGAUCUGAAGAAGGAAGCCGGGGAGCCAUCGAAGCAGGAAGUGGAUGAUCCACCCAAGAACAAAGAUAAGCCGAGGGAGGAAGGAAACGAAACUUCUUCUGAAAACCCAUGGGAAGAAAUCAGAACAGCGUUUAAAAAAGCUACUGAUGAAUUUGAAAAGCAGUCAGGAAGUCAGAAAGAUCCAAACUCUUCUGCGUUUGUAAUCGCAAUUGGUGUCAUCGUAUCAAUCAUCAUAUUAAGUAGUUUACUGUCACAGCAAAACAAAGAAAUCUCUUACAAGGAGUUUGUCAACAAUUACCUCAGCAAAGGAAUGGUGGAAAGUCUAACUGUGGUAAACAAAGAAGUGGUGGAAGUCAACUUUAAGCCUGGAGUGCCCCAAUCAAGGAAUACAGAGUUCAGAAUAGGAAGUGUUGAUGCCUUUGAGAGGGCCUUGCAGACAACCCAGGAGGAGCUAGGAAUGGAUAAAGCACACUUUGUGGAUGUUUCUUAUAAAGAAAAACAGGAAAUAGGAAUAGGCAGCAUUUUAUUUGGUGCCUACAUGCUCCUGUUUCUUGGUGGAAGUUUAUACAUGAUGCGAAGAGGUGGAAUGAUGGGCAAAGGAGGCACCGGGGGACCAUUCGGGUUUGGAAAAUCCACCGCCAAGGUCUUCAAGCCAAAUUCAGACAUUGUAGUCAGAUUCAGUGAUGUAGCAGGUUGUGAAGAGGCCAAACUAGAAAUCAUGGAAUUUGUAAACUUCCUGAAGAACAAAGAUCAAUAUCUUAAACUUGGUGCCAAAAUCCCGAAGGGAGCCAUGCUGACUGGACCUCCAGGAACAGGGAAAACUCUCCUGGCCAAAGCAACUGCUGGGGAGGCCAAUGUCCCCUUCAUCUCCGUGUCCGGAUCAGAGUUCCUGGAGAUGUUCGUUGGAGUUGGUCCUGCUCGGGUGAGAGACAUGUUCAAAGAAGCCAGGAAAAAUGCCCCCUGCAUAUUAUUUAUAGAUGAAAUUGAUGCAGUGGGACGAAAGCGUGGAAGGUCAAAUUUCGGGGGCAACAGUGAACAGGAAAAUACCCUCAACCAAUUUCUUGUGGAACUUGAUGGUUUCAGUUCACAGACAGGAGUAGUGGUUUUGGCUGCUACUAAUAGAAUCGACGUUCUAGAUCCUGCUUUAUUAAGAGCGGGUAGAUUUGACAGACAGAUCUACAUACCAUUACCAGACAUCAAGGGCAGGGCCAAUAUAUUUAAGGUCCAUCUUGGAAGUAUAAAAACAGACCUUGCUAAGGAGGAAAUAUCCAAAAAGUUGGCAGCACUUACUCCUGGGUUUUCUGGUGCUGACAUCGCCAAUGUGUGUAACGAAUCGGCACUCAUUGCUGCUCGGGACCUGAAUGAGUCUGUCAUGGCGACCCACUUUGAACAAGCCAUAGAACGAGUGGUGGGAGGUUUGGAAAAGAAAACACAAGUUCUACAGCCAGAAGAGAAGAAGACAGUAGCAUACCAUGAGGCAGGCCAUGCUAUAGCUGGGUGGUUCCUGGAGCACGGCGAUCCCCUUCUGAAGGUGUCUAUUAUACCCCGUGGUAAGGGCCUAGGUUAUGCCAUGUACUUACCCCAGGAACACUAUCUAAUGACACAGGAACAGAUGAUUGACAGAAUGUGUACAUUACUUGGAGGAAGAGUUUCGGAAAAAAUUUUCUUUGAUAAGAUUACAUCAGGUGCCCAAGAUGAUCUACAAAAAGUGACCAAAUUGGCUUAUUCUCAGGUGACAUUGUUGGGUAUGAGUGAGAAGGUUGGACAGAUAGCAUUUGACCACGAGCAGCAAUCAUUCCAGAAACCCUACAGCGAAAAAACAGCAAUGAUCAUUGAUGAGGAAGUCCGAGACCUUGUUGCCAGAUGUUAUGAACGAACCAUGAACCUACUGACUGAGAAGAAAGAUCUUAUAGACAAAGUUGCCAAAUUGUUGCUAGAAAAGGAAAAAAUAGACAAGGCAGACAUGGAAUCUAUCUUGGGGAAGAGACCAUUUGCCGAAAAAUCUACAUAUGAGGAAUUUGUAGAAGGUACUGGCUCAAUGGAAGAGGAUACUGUACUACCAAAAGGACUAGAGAGCUGGAACAAAACUCGCCAAACGACAGAAUCUACAGAUAAACCCCUACCAGAUGCUGCGGUAUCCUAACGUAAACAUGAGAAAGGCUAAAGAAAAUGUGGGGAACGAUAUAUUUAUCAGUUUAAUUAUUCGUUGACAAAACCUUCAUUUAAUGGAGACAAGACCGAUCAGCAAUAUAUUCAACAAAUUGUUAUUUUACUAGUCUGUGAAUCACUAUUGUUAUCUAUCUGUUGUAUCUAGUUUGGAAAUAUGCUUUACAUUGUGCUUAAAAGACGAAAAAUGAAGCCUUUAUUAAUUACACUGAUUCUGACGUAUAAAAGGUUUAAUCAUGGUAAAUUACACUGAUAUUGACGUAUAUCAGGUUUAAUCAUGGUAAGUUACACUGAUAUUGACGUAUAUCAGGUUUAAUCAUGGUAAGUUACACUGAUAUUGACGUAUAUCAGGUUUAAUCAUGUUACACUGAUAUUGACGUAUAUCAGGUUUAAUCAUGGUAACUUAUGUAUAUAAUUAAUGUUGGUGUUUGUAUUCUCACUGUUUGGUCCGUUAGGUUGGUCCGUUAGGUUGUGUCUUCCUACAGCUAGCUGUUAUAUACAAUUCCAAAGGAACUGGACACUGACAUCACAAGCAGUUGUGCAAAUAUAGGAAUUUUUUUUUUUUUUUUAAACAUGUGGAUAAUUUUUUAUUAGAGACAAUACCCUAGUACAACAUUAAAUGUAAAGUACUGUACCUACGACGACAGACAAUUCAAUCGUACAACACUACAUUAUAGUACUGUAGGUAUGUACAUUGUACCAACGACAGACAAUUCAAUCGUACAACACUACAUUAUAGUACUGUAGGUAUGUACCAACGACAGACAAUUCAAUCGUACAACACUACAUUAUAGUACUGUACCUACGACGACAGACAAUUCAAUCGUACAACACUACAUUACAGUACUGUAGGUAUGUACAUUGUACCAACGACAGACAAUUCAAUCGUACAACACUACAUUACAUUGUACCAACGACAGACAAUUCAAUAGUACAACACUACAUUAUAGUACUGUACCUACGACGACAGACAAUUCAAUAGUACAACACUACAUUAUAGUACUGUACCUACGACGACAGACAAUUCAAUAGUACAACACUACAUUAUAGUACUGUACCUACGACGACAGACAAUUCAAUAGUACAACACUACAUUAUAGUACUGUAGGUACGUACCAACCACAGACAUCUAUAUGUACAGUACUUUACUAUAGUACUAUACCGUACUACAUGUUCAGAAUUGUAUGUACUACGGACAGUUCCCCAGAUUGAUAAUGUAUUGAUGAUGUAUACCAGCUGUUGAUGGACAUAAGAACUGUGAUAAGGGAAACUCCUCCAGCACCGAGAAAACAGAAGUGAGCCUUAAAGUGUUGCCUACCUUUGAGGUGAAAUAGAUCAGUAUUUUGUCAUGUGUGGUUUGCUCAUUUAUUGUAAUUAAUAAAUGAAAUAAAUUAUAUAAUAAAUUGUUUUGUUCUGUAAA